AAACCCACUAUUGUUGCAGUGUUCUUGAAUUAAUAUCUGAUUUUGGACAUGGGUUUUGUGGCAUCUGAUGUCUUGUGUUGUUCCACUCAAACAUCUAUACUAAGCAAUACUAUUGGAAGAAUCCAUCAGUAUCCUUUAAAGGGUGUUAUUUUCUUGCAAAAAGUUGCCAUUUUUGAGAAUCGUGAAUUGGGGUUUAGGCCUUUACUAGCAGUGAGUAAUGUAGCAGUUCAUCAGAAGGGUAGUGCUGAAAACCAAGUUAAUGAUAAACCUAGGUAUAAGUGGGUUAAGAUAGGCUCUGAUGUUACUGAGGAACAGCAAAGGGCUAUCUUGAAGCUUCCACCAAAGAUGAUAAAUAGAUGUAAGGCAUUAAUGCAACAGAUCAUUUGCUAUUCACCCGAAAAGGGUAGUGUGUCACUCUUGUUAGAGGCCUGGGUGAAGAGUAUGAAGCCUGACAGAGCUGAUUGGCUUGCGGUACUCAAAGAACUGGACAGGCUAAAUCAUCCAAUGUAUUUGGAGGUAGCUGAAUUGUCCCUCUUAGCAGAAUCAUUUGAAGCCAAUAUUCGUGAUUACACCAAGAUAAUUCAUGGCUAUGCAAAGCAUAAUCGGCUGAAAGAAGCUGAAAGUGUGUUCUUAUCCAUGAAGAGUAGAGGCUUCACAUGUGAUCAGGUGACAAUGACAGCUUUAGUUCACAUGUAUAGCAAGGCUGGUAACCUUAAGCUGGCUGAAGAUACUUUUGAAGAGAUGAGGUUGCUUGGUGUACCAUUGGAUAAGAGGUCCUUUGGGUCAAUAAUCAUGGCCUACGUCAGAGCUGGAAAGCUUGGUCAAGGAGAGGCUUUACUGAAGGAAAUGGAAGAACAAGAGAUCUAUGCUGGACCAGAAGUUUAUAAAGCACUUUUGAGAGCCUAUUCGAUGAGUGGCGAUAGCAAAGGAGCUCAAAGGGUUUUUGACACAAUUCAGUUAGCAGGAGUAAUCCCUGAUGCAACGAUUUGUGGUCUGCUUAUGAAUGCCUAUAUUAUGGCUGGUCAAUUGAGUGAAGCUUGUAUUACAUUUGAGAAUAUGAGAAUAGUUGGCAUAGAGCCAAAUGACAAGUGUAUCACAUUGCUAUUGACAGCUUAUGAAACAGAAAACAAACUGAGCAAGGCACUUGAUGUUUUGAUGGAUUUAGAGAGGGAUGGUGUUGUGCUUGGUAGAGAAGCUUCUGAAUUAUUGGCUCGUUGGUUCAAGAGACUUGGGGUAGUUGGAGAAGUGGAGCUUGUUCUGAGAGAUUACGCAUCAAACUGCGCAUUACUAAACUGAUGUUUUUUGCUUUAGCCAGGAGUUUC